AUGGCGGAAGAUAAACCACGUGAUAAACCAAUAACUACAUGGGUUCGAUUCGGAUAUCCAGAGGAGAUUCCGAUUGAUGCAACCUUAUUUCGCCCACUCAAGGCACAGGAGGAUGACUGGCUUCAGAUACGUUGGGGUCAAGUUGUUGAGUCUCCCGAGGAACGUAUGCUUGUGGUGGCUUGGAAAUACUCCCAAGCCUGGGUCAGAUUUUUCGAAUCAAGUCACUACCAAGAGUUGCUGGCCAAUCUCGGGACGCAUUCAAAUGAUACGCCAGUAAUGCAGGUCGUCGACUUCAACAGAGAUUAUCCCACAAGGGCCUUGUCAUCCCACACCGAAAUCAGGACCGUUUAUUUCCCUGUCCCAAUCUCUCCGGAAACCCGCGAGGCUCUACCGAACGUUCAGGGCUUGGUGACUACGGCGGCUUACGGCCCGAGUCUGCAACAUCUUAGUCCUUACGUAUUACGGCCCAUCUUUGGUUGGAUCAAAGCGACUCAAAAAUGGGAGGGGGAGGAUGUUGUGGCGUGUGUGUGGAUUCACACAUGGAAAAGCCAGAGAACCGAAGACAAGUUUAAAACUACCGGAUGGCUCGCUCGAUUCAAGGAUGGAAAACUGUCUAAGCCACUCGCUGUCAAUCUCUUUGAACAAGACUUGAAAGAUCUGGGCGCAUUGGGAUGGAACGACUAUCACGUGAGCUUUCAGAACACUGGUUAUAUCCCGUAGUUGGAACAGGAACGAUACUCUACGCUAUACCAUGACGACACGUUUCUUGUACUUGACAGAUAAAACCUCUCUAGCUCGACACCUCCAUGGUUUAGCUCGGUGCGUCGAUACAACACAGUACUUGAAGAUAUCUCAGCUCUGUCCUUCCCA